CUGAAAGUAAAAGGAAAAAAGGGAAAUAUGAUCCAGGUUCAGUCAACCGUCGAUCAAGCAGAUCUAUUGAGCUAAAGACUUAUUAGAAGAUUCUUGAUAUAUAUAUUUUUUUAAAUUAUUGAUUCAACUGACUUCAAGUGACUUCUUCAACUAUGGAGUUUUAUUUUAGGAGAAUAACCAUUUCUUCCUACAUUAUAGUAUGCAUAUUGUUGAAGCAUGCUUCUACUGGUGGUGUGCAGAUUGAUGUUGACUGUAUGGGAAGUGGGGAGCCCUACUGUUGUCGGACAAAAUGUGAGUGGAAUGAAAAGCCCAGUAAAACCUUCAAGGAUGCCAAUUGUAUUGUUAAAGAAAAAAACAUGGAAUGCAAAACAAAUAGCGGUGAUAAAAAUUUCUCCACCCCCUCAAUACCUAAUGGAAUAAUUGACAAAGAUGCCAGGUGUAAAAUACAUCUCAGAGAAAGUGACUAUGUGGUGUCUUGUUAUUAUUAUAAGUCCAAGCCUAUAUGUUGUGAAACCCCAUGUAAGUGGGAGCUAAAAUUUGACAAUGCAACAUGUCAAAUGACCGAAACAAAAAUAGAUUGCAGUUAUGGUACUGGUGAUAAUCCAAAGCAUCUGGAAUUGUGCUUUGAAAAAAGCCUCUGUCCACACAAACCUGAGGACACAACAUGUAAUUUUGGACCUGGUGAUAUGUGCUAUAUAUAUACAGACGAUGGAAAACGACAAACACAAGGAAACGCUGAGAGAAUACUUAAGCCUGAAGAUGUGACGACACCAACAGUUACAGAAACACCACCAUCCAACCAAACAGAUGUGAAUUUAUGUUGUAUCAUUGGUAUUACCACCAGCAUUUGCAUCCUUGUGAUUUGCUGUGUGAUUUGCUGUGGCAUUGCCUACUGUUUGAAAAAAAAGUGCAUCAUAUGCUGUUCAUGCUGCGUAAAAAGAACGGUCAGCAACGACCCCCCCGAAAUGGAUGCACUAAACCAAGACAAUCAAAGAGACAAUUAAACAAUUAACAAUUAAAUGACUUCUUGAAAACUAGGUAAAGGGACACUGAAAACAAAUAUAACUUUAUUCAGUGAAGAAAGUCAUGCAAGAUGUUAAAAGAAAGGUUAGGACAGGGGUAUCAAACUCAGUUCCUGGAGGGCCACAGCCCUGCAAAGUUUAGUUCCAACCCUGCUCCAAACACACAUACCUAGGAGGGCAUUUAAAAACUGAACUAGAACAUAGCCCUAGUUUUCAAAUAGGCCUGAAGGACUUGAUUAGUUGAAUCAGGUGCAUUUAAUUAGGGUUGAAGCUAAACUCUGCAGGGUUGUUCAGUAUACUGAGAUCUAUUUUUUGCAAUUUUGAGUUAACAUCAUAAUUCAGAUCUCUUUUCUCAGAAUUUGUUUUUUGCAAUUGGUUUUUGUCUUCAUUCUACUGUUUAGUUUUGUUAUUCUUUGUUAGUUUUGGUAUUUUUCUUUAUUUCUGUUUAACUUAACUCAACAAAAAUGCAUACAUUUUGGGUAAUUAUAAUUUACUUGUUUAAGCAAUCAGGUAUGUUGACUUUUCUAAGCUUGAUAUUUUGAAGCCUGUUUCUGCUAUGAUAAAACAAAGGUAACAGACUGUUUAUCUCACAAUUCUGACUUCAUUGCUUGGAAUUCUAACUUUAUUCUCACAAAUUUGAAUUAAAGGAAUUAUGACUUUUUUUCUUGGAA